UCCACUCUCGUCCCGCUUCGCCUCUUUUAGGACGCAGAAGAGAGAGAGAAGAAAGAGAGAGAGAGAGACUCAUAGGCUUUUAGCUCUCUCUGUUUCUCUCUCCCUUUCAAUAUAUCUCCGAUUCUGAUUUUGCCUCCUCGACGUCGUCUUCGGCUUUGUUGCAUUUCACCAUCUCUGAAGCAUCGUUGAUUUCAAGACCCAAUUUCAGAUUUGGAAUAGAUUUUGAAAUGGGUUACAUUGGAGCACAUGGUGUAGCUGCUCUUCAUAGAUACAAAUACAGUGGUGUGGAUCACUCUUAUCUUGCCAAAUACGUUCUCCAACCUUUUUGGACCCGUUUUGUCAAAAUCUUCCCACUAUGGAUGCCGCCUAACAUGAUAACACUUAUGGGAUUCAUGUUUCUCGUCACAUCUGCGCUGUUAGGCUAUGUAUACUCACCUCAGUUGGAUUCUCCUCCUCCUCGAUGGGUCCACUUUGCACAUGGACUGCUUCUCUUUUUGUAUCAGACAUUUGAUGCGGUUGAUGGGAAACAAGCACGAAGAACAAAUUCUGGUAGCCCACUUGGAGAGCUUUUUGAUCAUGGUUGCGAUGCACUUGCUUGUGCGUUUGAGACUAUGGCAUAUGGGAGUACUGCUAUGUGUGGAAGAGAUACUUUCUUUUUUUGGAUUAUUUCAGCUAUUCCAUUUCUUGGAGCAACAUGGGAAACCUAUUUUACCAAUACACUUACUCUCCCGGUAGUCAAUGGUCCUACAGAAGGUCUUGCUCUUAUAUACUGUGGCCACUUCUUCACAGCCAUUGUUGGUGCCGAAUGGUGGGCUCUGCAGCUUGGUGAGUCAAUCCCCUUGCUCAGUUGGGUACCGUUUUUGAGCGAGAUUCCAACAUCCAGAGUAGUACUACUCACGAUGAUUACUUUUGCUGUUAUACCAACACUUGCGUUAAACAUGUCCAGUGUAUACAAAGUUGUACAGUCAAGAAAAGGAAGCAUGUUUCAAGCAUUAGCUAUGCUGUUUCCCUUCGUCGUGCUACUUGCAGGAGUUUUGAUUUGGGAUUACUUGUCACCAAUUGAUCUCAUAAGAAACUACCCUCACUUAGUUGUCUUGGGAACUGGUCUUGCAUUUGGAUUCAUCGUGGGAAGAAUGAUUCUGGCUCACUUAUGUGAUGAACCAAAAGGAUUAAAAACAAACAUGUGUAUGUCACUGCUUUACCUUCCCUUUGCACUAGCAAAUGCGCUAACCGCUAGACUCAACGACGGGGUUCCUCUUGUGGAUGAGUUUUGGGUUCUUCUUGGCUAUUGUAUAUUCACAAUGUCACUAUAUUUGCAUUUUGCAACUUCAGUCAUUCAUGAGAUCACAACUGCACUCGGAAUCUACUGCUUCAGGAUUACUCGUAAAGAAGCUUGAAGAGAAACAAUGUGAUUGAAAGGGAGAAAACAAAAAUUCCUUAAGGGAGGACAAUGCAAAUCCCAACACGAAUCUGAAUAUUUUGAUACAGAAAUUAAACGAUUCAUCGAUAUGUUUUUGGAUGUAUACUCAUUAUUGUUUUUCUUUUGUUUGUUUUGACAAAAUAGGUAAUUUAUGUAAAACUUUUUUUUGUAACAUUUCUAAGCAAAAAUAUCGGAUUUUUCGUAAUAUGUACUGAUAAAAUGUCGUUCUUGUGAUUA